CGCCGCGCACGGAGAGACUCCGAGCACGCUUCCAAGCAGACACAAAAGCAGCCUUUUCUCCAAGAUGUUGCCCCCGCGCGACCUGAAGACGGAGGCGUCCAGCUAGAUAUGAGGAUUGCGAGUUGCGCGUCAAGUUUGCUUCGUAGAGUCGAAGAGAUCUUCCCAGCGAGAUAGUCCCUGCUCACGCUCCUCGGCUUUUCUUUUCUUUAAAACUUUUAUUGGUCCGAGACGCGCGUCAGAGUUUUCAGACUGAACCCAGCUCCAGAGAGAAGACGACGUUCUUCUGGGAAACCAAACUGAGAGACUGAAGACGAAAUUCACUCACAAUGAGCUCCGACAAGAGCAAAAUGGAGGACGAGGCCGUUCUGGACAGAGGGGCAGCCUUUGUCAAGCACAUGUGCGAUGAAGAGGAAGUGGAAGGUCACCACACCGUGUACAUCGGCGUGAACGUUCCCAAGAGCUACCACCGGAGGAGGCGCCACAGACGCAAGUCCAGCCACAAGGAGAAGAAGGAGCGCAGCGCGGAGGGGUACAAGUCGGAUGGCGAGAACGCGGACGACACCUCGGCGAAUGUCCUCAAGCCUCUCAUCUCUCCGGCCGAGAGGAUCCGGUUCAUGCUCGGAGAGGAGGACGACGGCCCGCCGCCGCCGCAGCUCUUCACCGAGCUGGACGAGCUGCUGGCCGUGGACGGCCAGGAGAUGGAGUGGAAAGAGACGGCCAGAUGGAUCAAGUUCGAGGAGAAGGUGGAGAAGGGCGGCGAGCGCUGGAGCAAGCCUCAUGUGGCCACGCUGUCCCUGCACAGCCUGAUGGAGCUGAAGACGUGCAUAGAGAAGGGCACCAUCAUGCUGGACCUGGAGGCGUCGACGCUGCCUCAGGUCGUCGAGAUAAUCACCGACAACCAGAUCGAGAUCGGCCAGCUGAAGCCGGAGCUGAAAGACAAAGUCAUGUACACGCUGCUCCGGAAGCAUCGCCACCAGACCAAAAAGUCCAACCUGCGCUCGCUGGCGGACAUCGGAAAGAGCGUUUCCAGUGCAAGUCGUCUCUUUUCCAGCCAAGAGAAUGGCAGCCCCACCACCACCCACCGGAACCUCACCUCCAACAGCCUGAGCGACUUCUCCGACAAGCCAGAGAAGGAUCAGCUGAAGAAUAAGUUCAUGAAGAAGCUGCCCCGAGACGCCGAGGCGUCCAACGUCCUGGUCGGGGAGGUGGACUUCCUGGAGACCCCCUGCGUGGCGUUCGUCCGCCUGCAGCAGGCCGUCAUGCUGGGCGCGCUCACGGAGGUCCCCGUGCCCACCAGAUUCCUCUUCGUCCUGCUGGGGCCGAAAGGAAAAGCGAAAUCCUAUCGGGAGAUCGGGAGAGCGAUCGCCACCCUGAUGUCGGAUGAAGUUUUUCAUGAUAUCGCCUAUAAAGCGAAGGACAGGCAGGACCUGCUGGCCGGAAUCGAGGAGUUCCUGGAGGAGGUCAUCGUCCUGCCGCCCGGCGAGUGGGAUCCCAACAUCAGGAUAGAGCCGCCCAAGACUCUGCCCUCCCCAGACAAGAGGAAGAACCUGUACACCGGGCUGGAGCCGCCUCAGAUGAACGGCGACACUGCUCACGAUGACGGGCUGGGAGGAGGAGGAGGAGGGCACGAAGUCGGCGAGGAGCUUCAGCGCACGAGAAGGUUCUGCGGGGGUUUGAUUCUGGACAUCAAGCGGAAGCUGCCGUUUUUCGCCAGCGACUUCUACGACGCGCUGCACAUCCAGUCUCUGUCGGCCAUCCUGUUCAUCUAUCUGGGCACCGUCACCAACGCCAUCACCUUCGGAGGCCUGCUGGGAGACGCCACGGAAAACAUGCAGGGAGUGCUGGAGAGCUUCCUGGGCACGGCGCUGACGGGAGCGGUGUUCUGUCUGCUGGCCGGGCAGCCCCUCACUAUCCUCAGCAGCACGGGGCCGGUGCUGGUGUUUGAAAGGCUCCUCUUCAAUUUCAGCAAAGAACACGAGUUUGACUACCUGGAGUUCCGGCUGUGGAUCGGCCUGUGGUCGGCUUUUCUCUGCCUGCUGCUAGUCGCCACAGACGCCAGCUUCCUGGUGCAGUAUUUCACGCGCUUCACCGAGGAGGGCUUCUCGGCGCUCAUCAGCUUCAUCUUCAUCUACGACGCCUUCAAGAAGAUGCUGAAGCUGGCCCACCACAACCCCAUCAACUCCAACUACGACCCCAACCUCAUCACGCAGUACGACUGCCGCUGCACGCCCGGGAACUCGUCAGCGCUCCUUGAUAUCAACGACUGGGCAAACAGUACUGAUCUGCCUGCGAACGCUACCUGGGCUUCCUUGACCAGGGAGCAGUGUCGGAGGUUUGACGGGAAGCUGGUCGGCGAGGCCUGCGGCUACGUGCCCGACAUCACCCUCAUGUCUCUCAUCCUGUUCUUUGGGACCUACGCCUGCUCCAUGGGUUUGAAGAAGUUCAAGACGAGCCGCUUCUUCCCCACGAGAGUGAGGAAGCUGAUCAGUGACUUCGCCAUCAUCUUGACCAUCCUUGUCUUCUGCGGCGUGGACGCCAUCGUCGGCGUGGACACUCCAAAGCUCAUCGUGCCAAGUGAAUUCAAGCCCACCAGUCCGCUGAGGGGCUGGUUUAUCCCUCCGUUUGGAGGAAACCCCUGGUGGGUGUACCUGGCGGCUGCUCUGCCCGCGCUGCUGGUGACCAUUCUGAUAUUCAUGGACCAGCAGAUCACAGCCGUGAUCGUCAACAGGAAGGAGCACAAACUCAAGAAAGGGGCUGGGUACCACUUGGAUCUCUUCUGGGUGGCCAUCCUGAUGGCGGUCUGCUCCUUCAUGGGCCUGCCCUGGUACGUGGCCGCCACGGUCAUCUCCAUCGCCCACAUCGACUCUCUGAAGAUGGAGACGGAGACGUCGGCGCCCGGAGAGCAGCCGAAAUUCCUGGGUGUCCGGGAACAAAGAGUCACUGGCAUCUUCGUCUUCCUCCUGACGGGACUCUCCGUCUUCAUGGCUCCCAUCCUCAAGUUCAUUCCCAUGCCGGUGCUCUAUGGCGUCUUCCUCUACAUGGGCGUGGCGUCACUCAACGGCGUGCAGUUCAUGGAUCGCCUGAUGCUGCUCCUCAUGCCCGCCAAGCACCAGCCGGACCUCAUCUACCUGCGGCACGUCCCCCAGAGACGCAUCCACCUCUUCACCUUCAUCCAGGCCUUGUGCUUGGCCCUCCUCUGGAUCCUCAAGUCCACUGUGGCGGCCAUCAUUUUCCCCGUCAUGAUUUUGGCGCUGGUUGCCGUCCGCAAAGCCAUGGACUACGUGUUCUCCCAGCACGACCUGAGCUACCUGGACGACGUCAUCCCGGAGAAGGACAAGAAGAAGAAGGAGGACGAGAAGAAGAAGAAGAACAAGAAGAAGGGAAGCAUUGACAGCGAAAUGGAGUUUUCUGACUACCCCUACCAUGAAAAUAUUCCCAGUAUAAAAAUCUCCAUGGAAACGAUGGAGCAGGAGCCCAUGUUGGGGGAUAAGUCUUUGGAUAGAGAUCAAUCGCCGUCUUUCCUUAGCCCGCAUUCCCGGUGCUGAGCGCUACUUCGAGUCUCCCACUGUGGCUGAGUAAUCUUGAGAGGGGUUCGUACACUAAAGGGUUGCCUCAGAUCCGAAUCGGCCGCGGCUCUGAGGACAACGGCUUCUUCUGGAAGAGGAAGGGCUCUGAAACUGAACUGUGAAACGGGGGAACAGUCCAAAGAUGCAGCACAGCACAGUCAAACACAGCCAUCGUUUCGUACUGAAGCGCCGCUCCGUCAUGGCAUUUUAAAUAUUCUUUGUGUGUGGAUUUGAAUCCGACGAGGCUGGAAAUAUAUGUCUUAAGCAGUUCUUUUUUCUUUUUCUUUUUCUUUUUUGGCUGGUACUGAAUUUUAACGAGGGCUGAUCUGGGCGACCGCCCCUCUUGGUAGGGCUGCGCACGUUCAUCUGAAUGCAGUCGACUGUUUGUCUUAUGAAUGUGUGCUGAUAAUGUAACUGGCGUCAUGCUUAAAGAGCUGCAAUCGGUUCACGAAGGACGAGCUGUGCAGAGUUAACGGUAGCUAUACACACCAUGUGAAGGUAGCGUCCGCUUCAUCUCUCCCACUUUGACUCUAUGCAAACAGGAGGAGCUACCCACAGUUACACAACACCAAACACGACACCUUUUUCCUCUGAUCGUGCUGUUUUCAGUUUAAGUUUUAAGUCUUAACUACCGUAAUGGUUUAAAACAAGAACACAGAAGAAUCACGAGUCACCUUUUAUAUCUUUUCAUGAACAAAAGGUCUACAAAGCGUUAUCCAUGCAGUCAUGAGCUGAAGUUAAUCUAUUUAUAGAUGUUGUCGUCAUUUGUCCGUUCAAAUCACGCAGACGAUCAUGUAAGAAAUAAUUGCAGUUUGGUAAGUAUAAAAGUGGUUUAAUGAGUUUCUCCAGCUUCCAUCCUUCCAUGCUUUUUUUUUUUUCUUUCUGUAUUUAUUACACUCCAGCUGGCAUCAGACCGUAAAAUGCUGGUUGAAAGUGAUGUUUUGAUUUCGCCAUUGACCGUCCCAGUUUGUGGAAAUUCGGAGAUCUCUGUGGCCUGUGUCCACUCAGCUGACGUUUCCCUGUUUUGGGGAGUUAUAGAUUUAGCUCUACCUCCUUUUUUUUUGUUUGUAGGUGCCAGGCAUUAUAUAUAUAUAUAUAUAUAUACCUAUGUAUAUUUAAAAAUCCAUUGUGCAAUGAUUUGUGAUCAAACACUGAUUGUUAUUUUUCUACUGGCACUCCAUGGACCGCUGAAUCCCCUCUUUCAGUUUCCUUGUGUUGUGUGUCAGUUAAUUGUUGUCGUUUUGUCUGAUUUGUCAAUAUGAACAAUCACUUGCGAUGUGUUUUAAAGGGCAAUUCUACCCAGUUUUUUUUUUUUUUUCCCUCUCACAAAACAAAAUGCAUUGAGGUGUUAUGCCGAAGGAUGCUUCAGAUGGGUGAAAGACACUAUUUAAUCCAUCUGGUGACUGCCGUUUGACCUUCUCACACACUUGACCAUCGUGAAUUUCGCUUUAAAAAAAAAAAAAAAAUGUGAUCUUGUUCCGAAGCUGGUAAUUUGAAACAUUGUCAAUCUUUUAUUCUUGUUUUUUUUUUUUGUGUUUUUAAUUUUUAAUGAUGUAUUUUUUUAAUGCAAAUCAAACAAUCACUGUGACGGAUAUAUUAUUGCGACGUACACUCCAGGAAGAAUUACUACUUUUCUGCGUACAGGGUUAAAAGUUUGUGCAACUUAACUUAAAAGUGCAUACUUUCUGACACUCUUGUUUUCCAUCCGGUGUCGAGCGGAUGAGCAAUGGCAUGCUUUAGUCCUUUAUUUUCCUUCAACAAUGGAAUGACUUGAUCCUGCUUCCGCACAGCCGAUCGAAUUGCACACUGGUAACCUGAGCUGAUUCAUCUGACGUAAAUUAUUAACGCGUAUCUGAGUGUAAUACAUCCCCAUCAUUUGUCGCUUGAAGUAAAAGGACAUGCACACUCAGUGUUUCAGGAUUCCGGUGCGUCGAAGGGCUUCAACUCAUCAGUACUGUCAAAAUGUGAGCAGUAAAAGUUGCUUCGAGCACGAAAAGCCACGUUGUCUUCCACUUUGUUCUGUGAUCUGUAUAUCUUGAUCUUUUGACUUUAUGGUUCUGAUUCCAAAAUCGAUGUAAUAUUUUUGAUGUUUUAAGUCUGAAGCCGAUUUUAUACAAGCAUCUUAUGUGCUCAAAUAACCAUGGGUUACACAGAAGGAAGAAAAUGUAAGGUUUUUUUUUAUGAAGUAGUGUUUGAAAUGAGAGCAAUAAAAACAGUUCAAGUGAU